CCUGGGAGAUAGCAUCAGCCAUGAGCCAGCCGCCUAGCGGAGGCGCUGCUGCUACCGCCUCUCCUCGCCUGCAUCCAGAGGGGAGCAGCAGCCGAAACAAGCAGCAGCAGCAGCAGCAGCGAGCAUCCUCUCCAGCCAGACCCAAGGAUUCGCCCGUCCGCCAGCCCUCCCCGGCUGCUAGCUCAUCCCGCUCCGCGACGGCUGCUGCAGCCGUUGCCUCCAAAGCAAGCUCCGCCCGGCAGCCGCCGCCGCAGCAGCCGCUGCCGCCCGGGCAAAAAGCGGGCCGGGCGAAGGGAGGCGGAGUGGGAGGGGACAAGGCGUCCGCACAGCCUGCGCUAGCGAGGAGCGCGGCGCCGCUGGGAGCUGUCCAGGGCGGGGAUGGUGCUGAAGUUCAAGCCGCCACGCCCCUGGUUCCGGCAGGAGGUUGCCCGAAGGCAGCGCCGAGGCCUGCGGCUGACAAGCGGGAAGCGCCUCCCAGAGACCCCGAGCUUGCCUCUCUCGGAGCCGGAGAGCAGCCGCAGCCGCCGGCUGCAGAGGAGGGGGAAAGGGAGGGCCCCUUCGCGCUCUCACAGCCUCCACCCAAGAGCUGGAGCCGAGGGAAAGCGGGCAGGCCUCUACCGAAGGGCGGAGGGGACGCAGCCCCGGCUCCUCCGGCCUCUUGCGCGGCAGCGAAGGGCGGCGGCUACUGGAAGGAAGGAUGUCUGCAAAGUGAGCUCAUCCAAUUCCACCUCAGGAAGGGGCUGGCAGCGGCCCAGAUGCAAAGCAAAGGCAGCAGCUCGGGGAACGGCGAAGACGCGGCCGCCAAGCAGCCUUCGCCUGCCUCGUCGACCCCGUCGCCAAUGGCACUGGCUGGGGCGGAAGAGGGCAAUGGGCGCAGCCGAGCCGCCGAAUGCGCCUUGAGCCUCAACCCGCAGCAGCAGCAGGAGCUGCAGGAAGAGAUGGAGAAACUGCUGGAGGAGAAUGAGACCCUCAAGAAUGAGAUAGACGAGCUAAGGACCGAGAUGGAUGAGAUGAGGGACAGCUUCUUCGAAGAGGAUGCCUGCCAACUGCAGGAAAUGCGCCAUGAAUUGGAGAGGGCCAAUAAAAAUUGCAGGAUCCUCCAGUAUCGCCUUCGAAAAGCAGAGCGCAAGAGGCUCCGCUAUGCACAAACUGGGGAGAUUGAUGGAGAACUUCUACGUAGCUUGGAGCAAGACCUAAAGGUUGCGAAGGAUGUCUCAGUGAGACUUCACCAUGAGCUGGAAAAUGUGGAAGAAAAACGCACCACCACAGAAGAUGAAAAUGACAAAUUAAGACAGAAGCUAAUAGAAGUAGAGAUCACUAAGCAGGCUUUGCAGAAUGAAUUUGACAAGAUGAAAGAGUCCAUGAAAAGAAGGGGAAGCAAGGACCUUCAGAAAUCAGAGAAAAAGUCACAGCAGACACCCACCGAGGAGGACAGUGAAGAUCUGAAAUGCCAGUUGCAGUUUGUCAAAGAGGAAGCUGCCCUGAUGAGGAAGAAGCUGGCCAAAAUAGACAAGGAAAAGGACAGAUUUGAACACGACCUGCAGAAGUAUCGGUCAUUUUAUGGUGACCUAGACAGUCCCUUACCCAAAGGGGAAGCAGGAGGUCCACCUACCACAAGAGAAUCAGAGCUCAAGCUCCGUCUGAGAUUAGUAGAAGAAGAAGCCAAUAUUCUGGGAAGGAAAAUAGUGGAGCUGGAAGUGGAAAACAGAGGGCUGAAAGCAGAGCUGGACGACUUAAGAGGGGAUGAUUUUUCAGGGGCAGCCAACCCCCUCAUGGGGGAGCAGAACGAAUCCCUCUCAGAAUUACGUCAGCACCUUCAGCUAGUUGAGGACGAAACUGAAUUGCUGAGGAGGAACUUGGCUGAUGUAGAAGAACAAAACAAGCGCAUCACGACAGAGCUGAACAAAUACAAAUACAAGAGUGGGGCUCACGACAGUUCAAGGCACUACGAUAGUGUCAAGAUGGACGCGCUGCAAGAAGAGCUCAAAGCUGCUCGCAUGCAGAUCAAUGACCUCAGUGGUAAAGUCAUGCAGCUCCAGUAUGAGAACAGAGUCUUGAUGUCCAACAUGCAGCGCUAUGAUCUGGCCUCUCAUCUGGGGAUCCGGGGCAGCCCCAGAGACAGUGAUGCUGAAAGUGAUGCAGGGAAAAAAGAAAGUGAUGAUGACUCUCGGCCCCCACACCGCAAGCGCGAGGGGCCCAUUGGUGGGGAAAGUGACUCGGAGGAGGUCCGCAACAUACGUUGCCUGACCCCCACUAGAAGCUUCUACCCAGCGCCAGCAGGGUGGCAGAAAAACUUCACCGACCGGCAGCAAAUGAAGGACAUCCGCUGUGAGGCGGAACGCCUGGGCAAGACGAUAGACCGUCUGAUUUCAGACACAAGCACCAUAAUAACAGAGGCAAGAGUUUAUGUGGCAAAUGGUGACAUGUUUGGACUUAUGGAUGAUGAAGAUGAUGGCAGUCGGAUAAGGGAGCAUGAACUUCUUUACCGGAUAAAUGCCCAGAUGAAGGCGUUCAGAAAAGAGCUCCAGACCUUUAUUGACAGACUAGAAGUUCCAAAGUCUUCGGAUGACCGAAGUACAGAUGAACCUUUGUCAGUGAGUCAGGUAGAUUUUUACCUAUUAAGCCAUCCAGGUAAAAAAAUUCAGCCCAAGAUGCCAUGGAUAUUUGAGCCACAUUUUCUUAAAAUUAUUAUAUAAUAGUCUUCCUUUUACAUUUCUCUGGCUUAAUUGUAAAUUUGCCAGAUUAAUGUUAGUAACCCAAUCACAAUACAGUGGAACCUCGGUUUUCGAGCGUCUCAGAAGCCAAAUGUUUCGGUUUUCAAAUGCCGAAAACCCAGAAGUAAUUGCUUCCACUUUCAAACAUGCCUCGGAAAUUGACCAGCUUCUGAGGCAUGUUUCUCAAUUUUCUCAAUUGAAUCUUCCAACUGCCCUUUGCGCCUCGGUUGUCGAACGUUUCGGAAGGUGAAUGAUCUUCUGGAACGGAUUACGUUUGUCAACCGAGGUUCCACUGUAUUGGAUUCUUAAGACUGUGUGGGGCUGGCAUCAGUACUGGCAAUUGCAUUGGAUCCCUCAUGGCUCCUGCUCCUCAGACUUUCUUGUCUGGGCUUCCCCUCUUGCUUGCUUGCCUGCCAACUUCCUCCCUGGCAAGCUGUGCCGGAUUUACGUAUAAACUGAACAAGCUAUAGUUUAGGGCCCCACUCUCUUGGGACCCCCCCCAAAAAAAAAAUUAAAGGGGAAAAACCCUGGAUGUACAUUUCCAAAAAAUAAGAUAAGUUCAACAAUUACUUUGAUAAAAUACGCAUUUUGUUAUAUGCAAAUGGCUUUAGAUACCUAUUAGGUCCAUAAAUUACCAUAUAGCAUAUAUUCAACACAAAAAACAGUGACAAUUUGUUGUUGACAAAGGACAGCUGGACAUAUAAAGGGCCCCAUUACUGUCAGUAGCUUAGGGCCUAAAUCCGGCCCUGCUGGCAAGCAACCGUGGUAUUAGCAAGGGGGAGCCAGCAGCACCAUAUUGCACAAAGGAGAUGGUGGUCUCACAGUGAGAGUGCUGCUGCUGUUUUCUGUGCCCACACACACACAAAAUUAACAAACCAACCUGGAGUCAGCACUAUAUUCAGCUUUACAAGAUGUGCCAAAUCUAUUGUGGAGGUUGGCAGAAGACUCUCCCCACAUCCAGUAGAACAUCCAGCUCAGAAUCUAGCUAUGAUCCCCUUCAGCCUCCCAGUCGAGCCCAUGAGUUCCUGUCCUCUUGCCAUGCCUCUCCUUACCCUAACCGCUCAGCACAGCAAAUAGACUUCUUAAAACAAAAAAUCACAGGUACCAAUGAAAGUACUUUUUAAGCUUCCCAGCUGUGCAGAAGGAUGGUUAUUUUGGGGGGUGGGUGGGUCACAGUUGGGGAGAGAAGGUUAAUCCCUUCCUCCCUAUGUGUUCUCUCAUCACAAUCAGAUAUGAUUGAAAAAAGGCCCCCAAUGGCUCCAAUGUGAGGGUUUUUUAAAAAAUCCUAAUUGCUCCAGUUGCAACAUUUUUAGGGAAGAGAUUGCAAGUGAGCAGGAUUAACCUUCCCUUCACCAUGCACUUUGACCCUCCUCCCCAUUGCCUGAAAAUCACUGCCUCCCCAUGUGGCAAUUUGGCCUUUAAAAAGCCUCACAUUUGUGAAAUAGCCGGAAUUGCCUUGGAGUCUCUUGCAGAAGCCCAUGCACUAGUUUUUGAAACCUACCCCUGCAUCUUAUAAUUCAUUGGAAUGCCAGGGUUAAUAAUCUAAAUCAUGUAUUUCAAUGUGCCUCUGCUUUGUCAAAGCCACAGGGUUUAUUUCUACAUUAAGUGUGAAGGUUUUUAAAAUUAGGGCUGGCCCAGACUGUCAUCAGCUGUAAUGCUCUGGUAUGUGGUGGGGCAAUGCCUUCUUAAGGUAAAACUUUUGAGGUGAGAGACAAAUGCAUGUGUGCAUUUCCCCCCUCAGAGAUGGUAGAAAAAUCCAUGAGAAUUAUGUGUCAGGGAGUACAGAUGCAUAUGCAUGCUCCUCUGGUCAUAUACUACAUAAUAUACAUGGUAAAGGUAAAGGUAAAGGGACCCCUGACCAUUAGGUCCAGUCGUGACCGACUCUGGGGUUGCGCGCUCAUCUCGCAUUAUUGGCCGAGGGAGCCGGCGUAUAGCUUCCAGGUCAUGUGGCCAGCAUGACAAAGCCGCUUCUGGCAAACCAGAGCAGCACAUGGAAAUGCCGUUUACCUUCCCGCUGUAGCGGUUCCUAUUUAUCUACUUGCAUUUUGACGUGCUUUCGAACUGCUAGGUUGGCAGGAGAAUAUACAUGGUAGGAGGUUGCAAAUUUAGACUCAAUGCACCCCAAAAAAUCAACAGCUUGCCAAUGUUUGAAUUUGUCCUGACAUUCAUGUUUAAUGAAUGGAUGUGGUUUUAACCUUUCCUCUGUCAGUAAAUCAUAGAUGCAAUGAACGUAGUGCUGCCCAUUGCAAGUGGAUGGAAAUGAAAAGUGAAAUAAAAUUUCACAAACUGGCAAAAGGAAAACCAAAUAAAAGCAUGGCAGCAUUUUCAUGAGACAAUUUUGAUGUAAUCUCAGAUCUAAGGCAAUAUAGUCAACUUCAGAAUACCAUUGAUGAGAAUUUGUUUCCAAGAUAAAAGCAAUCUUUUGAAAAUUGAUCUGCUAAAACUAGUCAGCCCAAGCACACAGUGUCUUUGCAGGUCUAGGUUCCAGAUACUGAUUUUUUCACUCUCUGGAAAUUUGUUUGCUUAUUGUUUCAUUAAUAUAGCAUUAUCUUGUCUUUGUACCUUCCCAGAUGUUCCAGCCUAUCAUUUUACUGAUUCUCAUCCUUGUAUUAUUUUCAUCCCUUUCUUACACAACAAUAUUUAAGCUUGUCUUCCUUUUCACACUGUUCUUUGUGCUGUAGACCUUUUUUUCAUCAUUUUACCAUUCAUUGUAGUAUUAUUUUCAGUUUGUUUUGUUUUGUCCAUCCCUCCCAAGACAAGAAGUGCAAGAGCUAUAAGUUUCUGUAGCCAUCACUACUGUUGUAAAAACACUGAAGACUACUUGUUUGAAAGAAGGCAAACCAGCCCUUAGGUGCCAAAAUGCAGUCACACAGGAAGCAACGACAAACAGAGGACACCAUCUCCACAAUGGAAUUGAUUGUGGUCAUCAAAAAAAAAAAAGCUAGGUAAGUAGGUUAAAAACAGAUAUUCAUUCUUUUUAUUUAUCUAUUUUAUUUUUAGGGGGGGAAAUGGGAA